CAGACCGUGAUCAUACUUGGAUCUAAUCGAUCUUUUUUCUACUUGGCAUAAUAUUGUGCGUUGGUUUUCUGGUGGCACAGCUCUAGCUUCGGUCAAUACUUCGAACGAUCUGUUGGGACUAACCUACCUGGAACUUCUCUGCUGCAACUCGUGUGCUUCUUUUCGUCCUUCCAAGAGUCACCUUUAACUUCUUCCAAGAUGGUUCGUGAAAGGCCACCCAUGACUUUUGAAGAGUACGAGAUCAAAGAAACUUUUGUUGAAAAGUAUACUCGCCGGAUAAAAGAAAACCCAUUCUUAUCUUUGGGACUGUUGGGUCUCAGUGGAAUGCUGGUUGCAGGAGGUUUAAGAUAUAAAAAACUCCGUGCAGAUGGUAUGUCCCCUUCUAUUUUUCUUAUAAAUCUUCGAGUUGCAGCACAAGGUAUGGUUGCAGGGGCUCUGGCUUUGGGACUUGUUGCUCAAGCAAUUAGUGAAAAUACCGAGCCAAAAGAUAAAAGUACCACUCAGUCAUGACCAAAACGUGCAUAGUUAAUUUGUAUUUAUUUAAUGCCUCUAGAUUCAAAUUUUAUUCUAAUGCAACAGAUCAAGGAGUAAACUGUUUCAGAGAAUAAUUUUUUCAUUGUUAAGUCGUCUAGUUAACUACCAUUAGCACUACCCAGCAAAAAUUUUCAUCUACACCAAUGUUUAUUUGAAUUUCUCCUUAUUGGUAUUCACCUGAGUAUAAACCCCUCUGGAAAUAAGAAUCACCCUCUUUUAGUUUUUCCCAAAGGGCCCAAACAUUUAAAAAGACUUAGUUUGGUGGGAUAGCUUAAGCCCCCUUUGCUCUGCAGGCAAAUGUUUGCGUUAAAAAAGGGCGCCUCAAACUCAGGUGAAAACGGUACAUUUUAUUUCUAAGAACUUCUUUAUCAUGAGAGGAAGAUGCUCUUCUUUAGUCAUGACAUGAAUUUUCUACACUCCUGUCAUCUGAUACUCAGAUUUGAAUGUGUGUGCUUAAGUCAUUAACUGUGAUGGUUUUCAGUUCAUGUUCAGAAAUACUCAAGUAAGGAAACAAUGCUUUAAUAUUGUAGCACAAAAGUCAUUGUUUUAUUUCCAUAAAUAUUUUUAAAAUUGAUUUUAUUGCAUGUAAAAGUGAGUUAUUUUUCAACUUAUCCGUUGCUGCUGUUUAAUUUUAUGACUGUGAUAGUCCUGAUUUCAACCUGUAUCCUUUUGAGUUCCGUUUGUGUAUGUUUGAAGUCUUUGAACAGUGUUGAACUCAUCAUGCUGUUCCGCAAUAAACAGCUUUUGAGCGUUUUUUAAACCAUCUGCUCAUAAGGUGAAUUAUUUAGUAAAGUUAACAAGUGGUUGUA